UAAUCCGCCGGGGCGGGGAUGUGUUGGUUUCCCAGCGCAGGAGACGCCCUUCGGUCGGCUGUGGCAAGAACAGUGUUUUGGUGGCAGGCGCUGUGUGAAACGGAAAAGGAAAGCGAAUUCGAAAGCCGCGAUUCAGCCACUCUCCGCCUGCAGGGCCUGGUGACAGACGCAGAGGGACUCUAACCACCAACUCAGUUUAAGAGCAAGCCAAGAAUGAAGGUUUUCUAUCUCCCAGCCUUUUGGAAAUUUCAGUGGUCAGAUGCCAGGAAUGCAGAUGCAGAUGGGACAGCCAGUUCCAGGAACAGGGCCAAACCUGCUCCCUGGUGGAUACCCAGCAUAUUCUGACAGUUAUUCCUCAGCGGGAGACCCCAUGUGGACAUACUUCACUGCUGUUGCUGGACAGGAUGGUGAAGUGGAUGCUGAGGAACUUCAGAAAUGUUUGACACAGUCUGGAAUUAAUGGAGCUUAUUCUCCCUUCAGCUUGGAAACCUGCAGAAUUAUGAUCGCCAUGUUGGAUAGAGAUUACACAGGAAAAAUGGGAUUUAAUGAAUUCAAGGAACUCUGGGCAGCUCUUAAUGCUUGGAAGCAAAACUUCAUAACUAUUGAUCAAGACCAGAGUGGCACAGUGGAACACCAUGAAUUGAAUCAAGCCAUUGCUGCUAUGGGUUAUAGGUUGAGUCCUCAAACACUAACUGCUAUUGUCAAACGGUACAGCAAGAAUGGCCGAAUCUUCUUUGAUGAUUAUGUUGCUUGCUGUGUGAAGCUUCGAGCAUUGACAGAUUUCUUUAGGAGAAGAGACCACUUACAACAAGGAGUUGUGAAUUUCAUAUAUGAUGAUUUUUUGCAGGGUACUAUGGCAAUUUGAAUGUCUAGAAUUCGAAAGCUGAAGAAAUACUGUGAAUUGUUUUACCUGGAAGAAAUGAACUGGACUACUUUGAAUUUGAAGCUUUGAGGCUUUUCUGUGUUUCUACCUAUUAAAUUUGUUCCCUUUCUAUGUGUUUUUACUUUAGUGCACAGUUCAAAGCAAUAAAAGAAAUGUUUUUGUA